AUGGCCGGCGACGAAGGAUCUAGUGCUGGGUUUGCCCAAGCCACUCGCGGCUUUUCGGAUUGGUUCCAGGCUCUACCGGGAGCAACUUUUCACAAUGAUAUUGCCAUUGAGGACUUGAGACACCAAGGCCGAGGCCGAGGAAUCAUUGCCAAAGCAGACAUUGAGCCCGGUACAGUCCUCUUCACGAUCCCCCGCGGCGCAAUCAUCUGCGCAGCAACCUCGACGCUCAAAGACAGGAUUCCCGCUGUCUUCGAUCUGGAGAACGGAGACGGCGACUCCGAGGAUGAAGGGGACGACGGAUCCUCAUCGUCGCAGCAAGACUCCUGGACUCUGUUGAUUCUGAUCAUGAUCUACGAGCACCUCCAGGGUGGCGCUUCCCGCUGGAAGCCGUACCUGGACAUAUUGCCUUCAAGCUUCGACACGCCCAUGUUCUGGUCACCCGUGGAGCUCUGCGAGCUGCAAGCCAGUGCUCUUGUCGGCAAGAUCGGCAAGGCCGAGGCAGACCGGAUGAUCCAGACCAAAAUCCUGCCCGUCAUCCGCGCCCAUGAAGAUGUCUUUUUCGCACUUGGCAGCCAGCGGCUCGACGACGCCCAGCUUCUGGAACUCGCACACCGUUUCGGUAGCACCAUCAUGGCAUACGCCUUCGACCUCGAGAAGGACGACGACGACGAGAAGGAGGCAGAAGGGGACGAGGACGCCGACGAGUGGGUGGAAGACAGGGAGGGGAAGACGAUGCUGGGGAUGGUUCCCAUGGCCGACCUCCUCAACGCCGACGCCGAAUUCAACGCCCACAUCAACCAUGCGGAAGACGCACUGACGGCAACGGCGUUGCGGAAAAUCAGGGCCGGCGAGGAGGUAUUGAAUUAUUACGGCCCGCUCCCCAACGGCGAGCUGCUCCGUCGAUAUGGCUACGUGACGCCGAAGCACAGCCGCUACGAUGUGGUCGAGCUGCCGUGGCAGCUGGUCGAGGGCGAGCUGAAAGAGCGCGGCGGGAGCACGAUGAGCCCUGCGGACUGGGAGAAGGUGACGCAGCUCGCGCAGGCCGAUGAGGAAUUUGAAGAGGGCUUUGUGCUGGAACGCUCCGGCGAGGACCCAGACUCGGCCGGGCAGCUGCACAGCGACGCCGUCUUCAGCGGGCUGCCAGACGAGCUCGGCGAGCAGUUCAAGACGUUCCUCAAAGCAAUCAAGAAGGUCGACAGCAACGCCGAGCUCGCCGUCCGGGCCCUGUCGGACAGGGACGCGCGCAAGGAACUGUAUCUGCAGACCGCCCUGGCCGCCCUGGGCGCCCGCGAGCGCCAAUACCCCACGUCCAUGGAGGAAGACGAGCAGAUCAUAAACGCCGCGGGAGUGGCGGGGCGUCAAACGAUGGCGGUUUGGGUAAGGAGAGGCGAGAAACAGCUCAUGCGGGAGGCGCAGUCGUGGAUCAGCCGGGAGUUGGACGAGUUGCGGAACAACAAGACUUCGCAGAGAACACAGGAUAUGGAUGGCGCUCCGGCUGCAAAGAGGCGGCGGGUCUAA